GAGGGAAAUGGGAAUAUCCAAUUCAGACUGCAGAGAUUGACCAAUACGUAGUGGAUUUUUCGUAUAAAACGCGACGAUUAAAGAGUAAAACAAUCAAAGCUUCAUCAACUCUCUUCGCAGUUACAUCUCAUCUCAAAUCUCCACUCAAAAUGAAAUUUUUGGCUGUUCUAGUUGCUUUGGUAGCAGUCUUUGCUUGCGUCAUGGCUCAGGGUUACAAUAACAAUGGAAAUUAUGCUUCUGCAUCCUACUCUGCGCCGUCUGCACCUGCUCCUGCACCGAGCCCAUACGGAGCUCCUGCUCCCAGCCCAUACGGAGCUCCUGCUCCCAGCCCAUACGGAGCUCCUGCUCCCAGCCCAUACGGAGCUCCUGCUCCCAGCCCAUACGGAGCUUCUGCCCGUGAAGGAUAUUAGAUUGGUGAAAAGUUAUUGCCAAUCAGUAGCCGGUCGAUCAACAUCAAUUUUCUUGAUUGAUUGAUUCGCUGUACAUUUGUUGAUUGCAAAUUUCGAAUAAACUUAAACAAACGAAA